AUGGCAUCCACAUUUGAGUCUCUCCUUACUAUCAUUUUCUUUACUCUUCUUGUCCAAGGUCAUGGUCAGUGUCAACUUAAAGACUUAAUUGUGUUGACAUCAAAGACUCCUAGACAAAUACAAGAUGUACAAGAAUGGCAAGUGAUGUUUGUAAACAAUUGUAAAUGUAAUCUAAAAGACAUUAUUGUGUCAUGCAAAGGUUUCCAAUCAUUGGAGGAUGUUGAUCCAAAUGUAUUUGCACCUAUCGGGAAUGACAAGUUUAUUGUUAAUGGUGGUCUGCCUAUUGAACCUUUUGCUUCCAUCAUGUUUCUUUAUGCCGAUCCUCAACAAUUCGUAUUUGAGUCUGUUUCGCAUGAUAUGGUUUGUGUUUCCACUUGA